AUGGCUCGGUUUGGGGAUGAUCUGCCAACCCGCUAUGGAGGUGGAGGGCCGGCCGGGGCUGGAAGAGGGAGCAGCCGGCAAGGUGGCCCCCAAGCCGGCCAAAGGAUGUAUAAACAGUCGAUGGCUCAGAGAGCCAGGACUAUGGCUCUCUACAACCCCAUCCCUGUCAAACAGAACUGCUUCACAGUCAACAGAUCCCUCUUCAUCUUCAGUGAAGAUAAUGUUAUACGGAAAUACGCCAAGCGAAUAACAGAGUGGCCUCCAUUUGAAUACAUGAUUUUAGCUACAAUCAUAGCCAAUUGUAUUGUGCUGGCUCUGGAACAACAUUUGCCGGAUGGAGACAAGACACCGAUGUCAGAGAGAUUGGACGACACUGAGCCGUACUUUAUUGGAAUAUUUUGUUUUGAAGCUGGUAUCAAAAUCAUCGCUCUGGGCUUUGUUUUUCACAAAGGCUCUUACCUGCGCAACGGCUGGAACGUGAUGGAUUUUGUCGUGGUCCUCACAGGGAUUCUGGCGACUGCUGGGACUGACUUUGACCUGCGGACCCUGCGAGCUGUGCGGGUGCUGCGGCCCCUGAAACUCGUCUCGGGAAUCCCAAGCCUGCAGGUUGUCCUCAAGUCCAUCAUGAAGGCCAUGGUGCCCUUGCUGCAGAUUGGGCUGCUCCUCUUCUUCGCCAUCGUGAUGUUUGCCAUCAUCGGGCUGGAGUUUUACAUGGGCAAGUUCCAUAAAACCUGCUUUUCCAACGAGACAGACAGUGAGGAGGUGGGGGAUUUUCCCUGUGGAGAGGAGCCUCCUGCCAGGCAGUGUGAGAGCGGGACCACGUGCAGGGAGUACUGGCAGGGCCCCAACUAUGGCAUCACCAACUUUGACAACAUCCUCUUCGCCGUGCUCACCGUCUUCCAGUGCAUCACCAUGGAGGGCUGGACUGACAUCCUCUACAACACAAACGAUGCUGCAGGAAAUACCUGGAAUUGGCUUUACUUCAUCCCUCUCAUCAUCAUUGGCUCUUUCUUCAUGCUCAACUUGGUGCUGGGCGUCUUAUCAGGUGAAUUUGCCAAGGAGCGCGAGCGGGUGGAGAACCGCCGGGCGUUCCUGAAGCUCCGCAGGCAGCAGCAAAUCGAGCGGGAGCUCAACGGGUACCUGGAGUGGAUCUUCAAAGCAGAGGAGGUCAUGCUGGCCGAGGAGGACAAGAACGCGGAAGAGAAGUCCCCUCUGGACGUGUUGAAAAGAGCCGCAAUAAAGAAGAGCAAAAAUGACCUGAUUCAUGCAGAAGAAGGUGAGGACCAUUUCACAGACAUUUGCUCCGUUGGGUCUCCCUUUGCCCGCGCCAGUUUGAAGAGUGGGAAGAACGAGAGCUCGUCCUACUUCAGGAGGAAAGAGAAGAUGUUCCGCUUCUUCAUCCGGCGCAUGGUGAAGGCUCAGAGCUUCUACUGGGUCGUGCUCUGCGUGGUGGCCCUCAACACCCUCUGUGUGGCCAUGGUGCACUAUGACCAGCCCGAGAAGCUGACCACUGCUCUCUAUUUCGCAGAGUUCGUUUUCCUGGGGCUGUUCCUCACUGAGAUGUCUUUGAAGAUGUAUGGGCUGGGGCCAAGGAAUUACUUCCACUCUUCAUUCAACUGCUUUGACUUUGGGGUGAUCGUGGGCAGUAUUUUUGAGGUCAUCUGGGCUGCAGUGAAGCCGGGAACCUCCUUUGGCAUCAGCGUCCUGCGAGCCCUGCGGCUGCUGAGGAUCUUCAAAGUCACCAAGUACUGGAAUUCCCUGAGGAAUCUGGUAGUCUCCUUGCUGAACUCCAUGAAGUCCAUCAUCAGUUUGCUGUUCCUGCUGUUCCUGUUCAUCGUGGUCUUUGCUCUGCUGGGGAUGCAGCUCUUCGGAGGGCAGUUCAAUUUCCAAGAUGAAACUCCAACCACGAAUUUUGAUACCUUCCCUGCUGCCAUCCUCACAGUCUUCCAGAUCCUGACGGGGGAAGACUGGAACGCUGUGAUGUACCACGGGAUAGAGUCGCAGGGCGGCGUCCACUCGGGGAUGUUCUCCUCCAUCUACUUCAUCGUCCUCACCCUGUUUGGUAACUAUACUCUCCUGAACGUCUUCUUGGCCAUUGCUGUGGACAACCUGGCCAACGCCCAGGAGCUGACCAAGGACGAGGAGGAGAUGGAGGAAGCCACCAACCAGAAGCUGGCCCUGCAGAAGGCCAAGGAGGUGGCCGAAGUGAGCCCCAUGUCGGCGGCCAACAUCUCCAUAGCAGCCAAGCAGCAGAAUUCCUCCAAAUCCAAGUCGGUUUGGGAGCAGAGGACGAGCCAGAUCCGGAUGCACAACUUCCGAGCCAGCUGCGAGGCGCUGUACAACGAGCUGGACCCCGAGGAGCGGGUCCGGUACGCCACCACCCUGCACAUCCGGCCCGACAUGAAAACCCACCUGGACCGGCCGCUGGUCGUGGAGCCCCGCGGCGAAGGCAGGAACAACAUCACCAAGCUGAGCCCCGUGGAUGUCCAGGAGGUGGUGGAGCACCCCAAACCCACCUCCACUGACGGGGCAGAAGCGCCACGGAAGCACCACAGGCAUCGGGAGAAGGAGAAGCUGGGAGAGCAGGAGAAGGGAGACGUGACCAAGGACGAGAGCGGCGAAGCCGGGGCUGGCAACAAGGAGGAGCGGCACCGGCAGCACCGGAGCCGCAGCAAGGAGGUGGAAGGGGGCAGCAAGGAAGGGAAAAGCGACCGUAACAGGGGGCAGGAAGGGGGGAAGAGGCACCACCGGCGGGGCUCGGUGGAGGAAGGGGCCGAGAAGGAGCACCGCAGGCACCGCAGCCACCGGCACUCGUCCGACCGGCCGGGCAAGGAGGGCAACGGCACCGCCAACGGUGCCCGCGGCGAGCGGCGCUCCCGGCACCGCGGAGGGUCCCGCUCCGGGAACAGGGACGGAGAGCCCGCGGCCAAGGGGGACAACGCAGAGGAGCCCCACCGGCGGCACCGGCUCAGGAACAGGGCGCUGUCCACCUACGAGUCCGUGGAGAAGGACAGCGGGGAGAAGGAGGGGGAGGCUGGCGAGAAGGAGCACCGGAAUCACCAGCCCAAGGAGAACCAGUGUGAGCUGGAGGCCAGUGGCAGUGGCAGUGGCCCUGGCGGUGUCCCUGUGCACACCCUGCCCAGCACUUACCUGCAGAAGGUGCCCGAGCAGCCCGAGGAUGCCGACAACCAGAAGAACGUGACCAGGAUGAUUCAGCCCCCCCUGGACAAAACCACCACUGUGAACAUCCCUGUCACCAUCACUGCCCCUCCAGGGGAAACCACUGUCAUUCCAAUGAACAACGUGGAGUUUGAGAGCAAACCAGAGGAGAAGAAAGACGUCGAUGACUUGACAAAAAAUGGGCCUAAACCAAUCCUGCCUUACAGUUCCAUGUUCAUCCUCAGCCCCACAAAUCCGAUCCGGCGCCUGUUCCACUACAUCGUCAACCUGCGCUACUUCGAGAUGGUGAUCCUGAUCGUCAUCGCCCUCAGCAGCAUCGCCCUGGCUGCAGAGGACCCUGUCCAAGCUGAGUCUCCCAGGAACGACGCUCUGAAAUACCUGGAUUAUAUAUUUACAGGAGUCUUCACCUUUGAGAUGGUGAUCAAGAUGAUUGAUCUGGGGCUGCUGCUCCACCCUGGCUCCUACUUCCGUGACCUGUGGAACAUCCUGGACUUCAUUGUGGUCAGUGGGGCCUUGGUGGCUUUUGCCUUCUCAGGAACCAAAGGCAAGGACAUCAACACCAUCAAGUCCCUGCGAGUCCUGCGCGUGCUCAGGCCUCUGAAGACCAUUAAACGUCUGCCAAAACUAAAGGCCGUCUUUGACUGCGUGGUGAACUCCCUGAAGAACGUCCUCAACAUCCUCAUUGUUUACAUGCUCUUCAUGUUCAUCUUUGCCGUCAUUGCCGUGCAGCUCUUCAAGGGCCGCUUCUUCUACUGCACAGACGAGUCCAAGGAGCUGGAGAAGGACUGCAGGGGUCAGUACCUCGAUUAUGAAAAAAAUGAGGUGGAGGCACAGCCCAGGGAAUGGAAAAAAUACGAGUUCCACUACGACAACGUGCUCUGGGCUCUGCUCACGCUCUUCACCGUGUCCACAGGGGAAGGGUGGCCAACCGUGCUGAAGCACUCGGUGGAUGCCACCUACGAGGAACAGGGGCCCAGCCCUGGCUACCGGAUGGAAAUGUCCAUCUUUUACGUGGUGUAUUUUGUUGUCUUCCCUUUUUUCUUUGUCAACAUCUUUGUGGCGUUAAUCAUCAUCACCUUCCAGGAGCAAGGAGAUAAAGUGAUGUCAGAGUGCAGCCUCGAGAAAAACGAGAGGGCCUGCAUAGACUUUGCCAUAAGUGCCAAGCCCCUGACCCGCUACAUGCCUCAGAACAAGCAAUCCUUCCAGUACAAGAUGUGGAAAUUCGUGGUGUCCCCUCCCUUUGAGUAUUUUAUCAUGGUCAUGAUUGCUCUCAACACCAUCGUCCUCAUGAUGAAGUUCUAUGAUGCUCCAGAAGCAUAUGAAGAAAUGCUGAAAUGCCUGAAUAUUGUGUUUACAUCCAUGUUUUCCAUGGAAUGUGUGCUGAAGAUCAUUGCCUUUGGUGUGCUGAAUUAUUUCCGAGAUGCCUGGAAUGUCUUUGAUUUUGUAACAGUGUUGGGAAGUAUUACUGAUAUUUUAGUAACAGAGAUUGCGGUAAGUACAGACAACUUCAUCAACCUCAGCUUCCUGCGGCUCUUCAGGGCAGCCAGGCUCAUCAAGCUCCUCCGCCAGGGCUACACCAUCCGCAUCCUGCUCUGGACAUUCGUGCAGUCCUUCAAGGCUUUGCCUUAUGUGUGUCUCCUCAUUGCAAUGCUCUUCUUCAUCUAUGCCAUUAUUGGCAUGCAGGUAUUUGGGAACAUUGCCUUAGAUGAUGAAACCUCCAUUAAUCGGCACAACAACUUCCGCACCUUCCUCCAAGCCCUGAUGCUCCUGUUCAGGAGCGCUACAGGGGAAGCCUGGCACGAGAUCAUGUUGUCCUGCUUGAGCAACAGAGCCUGUGACCCCCUCUCUGGCCUCACCAAAAAGGAAUGUGGCAGUGAUUUUGCCUAUUUCUACUUCGUGUCCUUCAUUUUCCUCUGCUCCUUCCUGAUGCUGAACCUGUUCGUGGCAGUGAUCAUGGACAAUUUCGAGUACCUGACCCGGGACUCCUCCAUCCUCGGGCCGCACCACCUGGACGAGUUUGUCCGGGUGUGGGCUGAGUACGACCCCGCAGCCUGCGGGCGCAUCAGUUACACAGACAUGUAUGAGAUGCUGAGACACAUGUCCCCACCUCUAGGCCUUGGGAAGAAAUGCCCAGCUCGUGUUGCCUAUAAGCGCCUGGUGAGGAUGAACAUGCCCAUCUCCCCCGAGGAUUUAACCGUGCACUUCACCUCCACGCUGAUGGCCCUGAUCCGCACGGCCCUGGAGAUCAAACUGGCCUCAGGCGGUGUGAAGCAGCACCAGUGCGAUGCUGAGCUGAGGAAGGAGAUCUCGCUGGUCUGGCCCAACCUGUCCCAGAAGACUCUGGAUUUGCUGGUGCCUCCUCACAAACCUGAUGAAAUGACUGUGGGGAAGGUCUACGCAGCCCUGAUGAUAUUUGACUUCUACAAGCAGAAUAAGAACAGCAGGGAGCAAGUCCAGCCCCCCGGGGGCCUGUGCCAGCCCGGGCCAGUGUCCCUCUUCCACCCCUUGAAGGCCACCCUGGAGCAGACCCAGCCCGCGGCCUUCAGCAACGCCAAGGCCUUCCUGCGCCAGAAGAGCUCGGCCUCCCUCAACAACGGGGGAGCCUUGCCACCCCCAGAGGGAGGGAUCAAAGAGUCCAGUUCUUGGGGGACCCAGCGCACCCAGGACGUGUUUUAUGAAACCAGGAGCCCGGCUUUUGAGCGAGGCCACUCUGAGGAGAUCCCCAUUGAGAGGACAGGGGGACCUGCAUUAGUGGUAGAGAUGAAGGAGAUCAGCCCCACAGUUGCCAACGGAGAGCCCCAGCCAGGCCUGGAGAGCCAGGGCCGGGCGGCCUCCAUGCCACGCCUGGCUGCUGAAACCCAGCCCAUCCCGGACACGAGCCCCAUGAAGCGCUCGGUCUCCACGCUGACCCCGCAGCGCCCUCACGCCAUGCACCUCUACGAGUAUUCCUUGGAGCGGAUGCCUCCGGAGCAGGGCCACCACCACCACCACCACCGCUGCCACCGGCGGAAAGAGAAGAAGCAGAAGUCCUUGGAUAGGGCCGGCCAUCACUUGGCUGAUGGACAAGCUGGACCUCCUCACCCCACACACGCUGGUGACCCCCUACCCAACAUUCUCCUUUCAGUAGCCCAGUCUGGAGAGUCUUCUUCCAAGGACAAGAAGCAGGAGCGUGGCCGCUCCCAGGAGAGGAAGCAGCACUCCUCCUCCUCCUCCGAAAAGCAGCGCUUCUACUCCUGCGACCGCUACGGCAGCCGGGACCGAGCCCACCCCAAAUCUGCUGACCAGAGCAGGCCCACCUCCCCCAACGGGGGCCCAGAGCACGGCCCACACAGACAGGGCAGUGGUUCAGUUAAUGGGAGCCCCUUGCUGUCGACAUCUGGUGCUAGUACCCCCUGCCGGGGUCGGAGGCAGCUCCCACAGACUCCACUGACCCCACGCCCCAGCAUCACUUACAAGACCGCUAACUCCUCGCCCGUGCACUUCACCACUUUCCAAACCCCCACGUUCUCCCCGGGCCGCCUGAGCCGCGGGCUGUCCGAGCACAACGCGCUGCUGCGGGGGGAGCAGCAGCCGCCCCCGCCCGCCGUGGCCCGCAUCGGCUCCGACCCCUACCUGGGCCACCGCGACGCCGCCGCCGACAGCCCGCAGCGCGCCGCGCCCGAGGACACGCUCACCUUCGAGGAGGCCGUGGCCACCAACUCGGGCCGCUCCUCAAGGACUUCCUACGUCUCCUCCCUGACCUCGCAGUCGCACCAAAUCCGCCGGGUGCCCAACGGGUACCACUACACGCUGGGGCUCAACACGGGCCCCGGCGCCAGAGGACGCAGUUACUACCACGAAGCCGAUGAGGAUGACUGGUGCUAGCGGCUCGGCGGAACCCUGCGAGGUGUGCGUGCUUAAUAAGGAUGAGUUUUAUCAUCUGGAGGGCUGGGAGCUCCCGUGGGGGCCCGGGGCCAGAGGCAGCCGGCGGGGCAGCCCUGAGGACUGCUCAGUGCCUGGGGCCGGAGAUGCCCCUGCAGCCUCUCUCUCCUCUGUUGUUCUUUAGUUUUUUCCUUUUUGAUUUGGUUUUUUUUUUUGCACUAGACAGAUGGAGGAAGAAGGCUCCCUCCUUCUGGGGAAGGCAGCGGGAGGAGCACAUCCCUCUCUGCCCCCUCCCCACUGCCUUGUCUAGUCCCGAGACACGCACCAGGCGCCAACCCGGCCACGGAGGCGAGGAGCCGGGAGAAGAGCGAUCCUCACCUUCCACGGUGGAAAAGCAGAACUGUGGGUCCUUCUCAUGAUUGGCACAGUUUUGUUGGGCUAUUUCUUAAUUAAUUUUCCAUCAUAAUUCCCCCCUGCCAGGGUGGGAGCCGGGGGUCUCAAAGGGACUCGCGCAAACAACGUUCGCCCCCCGCGUUUUGUCUCGUUGAGCGCUGAGAAGGAAGAGAUGCACCCAAGAAACUGGGAGAGGAGAAACACAGCCCAGAACAAAGGACAGUCCUUUGGGACUUGAUGUUCAGCCACUGCAAUCCUUUAGGGCAGAGCUGGUGCCACCCCCGAGCUGACCCUGCUGUGACACCACUGCCCCGGGGGUCUCUAAUGUCACUCACCACCACAUCGGGUCCUUCACACUGACACACGGUAAAGCCACAAGAGAGCUCCUUUGUAAGGACUGUUUCCUUGCUGCUGAGACUUUUCAAUCCAUCCCUCUCUCCUGUUGACUGCAACACACCCUCACUGUUUUGUCUUGUUUACAAUAUAAGCUUGAUUUAGCAAAAAACAACUUAAAAAAAAAAGGUCCACAAAAAAAAAAAAGAACAACCCAAACAAAAAGAGGAAAAAAAAAAGCGUAGGGGUGAGAAGAAGAAAUGUUAUUGGUUUUAUAUCAAGCUAUUAGAUAGAACUUUAACUUUUCAUUGUGUGCAUUUUUGUAAAUUGUACAGUAAAAAAAAAACCAAAAAAAAAAGAAAAAAAUUUCCUCUUUCUGUAGAGAAUUAGUCCAAUUGUCAUUCCAGGUCCCACCGUUUCUACCGAAUGCUCCAGUUGUUCACUACUAAGUGCCUAACCUUUGAAAUCUUUCACAGUGACGAUGCAACCUCUUGCUUUGAGGCAUCAGAGCUUGGGCGAGCGUGGGGAGGGCAGAGGGGGCGGGGGCCGCAGCCUCGGAGGGGCCCUGGGGUCACUGUGCCCCAGGCUGGGAGCUUCCAGUGGGGAAGGCAAAUGUGCUUUGGGUUCGGUUUGGGUUUUGUUGGCCUUUUAUUUUAUUUUUAUUUUAGAAUAUAUAAAUAUAUAUAUAUAUAGAUAGAUAUAGUUUUAUGGGUGAGAGGGGAGUGAUUGCAGCAAACAAAGCCGGCCUUGUCUCAUUGCCCAGUGGAGGAAAUGUAGGUGGGAAAGGGCAGCAUCUGCAGGGGUGCUCCUGCAGGAGAAGCAGCAUCUCCCACAGGCCAGCUGAGAGAGCUCUGGCCGUGCAUCAUUGGUGUGGAGGGCAGUUGGAGUGAGUUGUUUUUAUUGCCUGAUAAGAGAAGGUUAAAAAAUAGUGAUGAUAAUAAUAAUAAUAAUAAUCCAAACCUCUAACUCUGAUUCUCAGGGAUGAGAUUUCUGCGUUCUUGCAACGACUCUUGUGUUGGCUGGUUUCUUUCUUUUGUGCCCGUGUGGAUUCCUGCACUGUGAGCCUGGGAAAGGGCAAACGCUGUGCUGGCGGGGAGGGAGGCUGGGGGCAAAGCUCGGCCAGGACCUUGUGCCUGGGGCUCUGCUGAGCCCUUGUAGGGCUGGUUCAGGGCACAGGGCAGCCAGAGGACGUGGAGAGGCUAAAAGGUGAAAGGAGAUGGGUGGGAGGUGCUGGGCACAUCCCUGAAAACGCCGCUAGGAAAGAGGAUAGGGUUGGAGAGUUGAAUUUUUUCAGAGGAUCUACCAAGCCCCAGACCUGUGGAACUUCUCCAGGCGCAGCAGUCGCGUGGGGUGGGUGGAAAUCCCGCUGGCCCUGGCGAUCUGUUCUGACCCUGGAUUGCUUGGAGGGGAUCAGAUGCCACCAAAACGCUCAGGAGGUCUCUCAUGCUCUCAGCAAAGUCUGUCAGCCUCAGGCAGGAGCAGUCUGCUCUAGGGUGGUUCUUCACAUCUCCUGUAGCUCUUCUCUUGAGGAAACUCAACCCGGUUUUGUUCCCUCCGGUGUUUUGUUUUAAUUUUGUUCUGUUCAGUAGCAAUCUCUGGCCAAUCUCAUCCCUGGAUUCUGCUAAAGGAUAACUCCUGUCUGUAUCUCUGUCUCUGUACUCGUGUGCACUCGGAUUAAAGGCAGUGUGGUAGCCAGAGGUCACGGCUGGCAUUCCCAAAUGGAGGGCUAUGCAACCAGAUGACACGUCCGGACACACACCCACCCACCACCACUCUGAGACCUUCAUCCAUCUGUAGCUUUAGCUGCUGGAUUUUCCUGUUUCAGGCUUCAGCACGAUUGUGACCAAAUGUUUUAUACAUUUUCCUGAAAUGAAGGCACAAACACUUUAUUUGAAAUUUUCCAAGGGAACGUUCCUAUUUUACUCCAGGAAGUCGAGGGGAAGGGACAACACCAUCUCUCUGCCCGUGCAUGCAAACACUGUACCCACACUGGAAAGCAACAGAGAUGCCUUUCUGUACGGAAUAAUUCUGUCUUUUCCCCUUUUUCCUCUCUCAUUUUCCAUCCCAAAACCCCCAGCCCCGCACUAACACAGCCUUGGGUCACCCCAAUUUGUAGGCAGAACAUGAAGAAGAAUCUCAAGUUGUCCAAAUCCUCCACCCACCUCGUAGGGGUCGAUGACAGUGACAGACAAGCCUGACCACAAUUAUCCAUAACCCUUUCCCGACAUUUUUUUACAGCCUCUCUGCUGUCUCUCCAUCUUUCCAAGAAUCCUCAUAGUGAGUUGCCAAACUUGAAUUGCACCGAUCAGUUUUCUGCAUCCAGAACCAGUCUCGUAGUGGCUGUACUUUGAAUAAGUAAUGUUUGCAUGUAAUAUAUAUACAUAUAUACAUAUCUAUAAAAAGUAUGUGCAUGGAAAAUGUUUAUCUUCGUACUUUUUUGAUACAAUGUAUUCAUCAGUUGUUAAUUUUUAAUUAUAUUUGAUAUAAAUUUGGGGGUUUGUUGCAAAACUUUAUAUUUAAAAAACAGUGUGAAAAACGAUCAAAGUUCCAACCAUGCAACACAAGUGGAACUUUACCCAAAAAAAAAAAAAUAAGGGAGAAAAAAAUUAUUGAGAAAAAAAAGAUUCUGUGAUUGCCUAGUUUGCUGCCUGAGUAAUAUUUAUCAGCCAAACUUUGAAUUCUGCAGUUGUUUCUACAAUUCCAUUUUGUAUGAAGCAAAGUCCUUGAAUUAAAAUAAAAACUUAGCAAAAAAAACCAA